UCCAGUCUGGCUCUUAUCUCAGCACUGGGUGGUUUACCUUCAUUCUGGCUAUGGAUGCCUGUUACGGCAUUCACGUCUACGGGAUGAUAAAUGACACCUACUGCAAGACAGAAGGGUAUAGAAAAGUCCCCUACCAUUACUAUGAACAAGGAAGAGAUGAGUGUGAUGAAUAUUUUCUUCAUGAACAUGCCCCAUAUGGAGGCCAUAGGUUUAUCACUGAAAAGAAAGUGUUUGCUAAAUGGGCCAAGAAACACAGGAUAAUAUUUACACAUCCGAACUGGACAGUGUCUUGAUAUUGGUCUCUCUUAUCUUGCCACACCACUUGACAUGAAGAUGUACUGCAACUGUGAUGCUAAAGAUGCUGUGAUGAUGCUAUUGAUGACAACAACAAUGAUGAUCAAGACUCUAUACAUUCUCAGAUAUGGAUGAUGACUCUGCCAGUAACUUGAACUUGGGAUUCCGUGCAGGGUGGUUGUGCUCAUUACAUUACUUCUUAAGGUUCAACAUUACCUACUGCACUUUAUAAUUUAACUGGAAUUGCAAAGAAGGCCAGUAACAUGAUAGCAGUGACCUAAGAAAUGAAAAGAUUUACCUUCAAAUAGUUUCCCAGAAUUCUUGAACAGUGAGUGGCUUCCAAAAGCUGUGGGAUUUGUCCUCAUGAGGCAAGGUUAUUGACUCUGUGUUCUCUUGAACCUGAGCAGCUGCACCAUCUUUUGUUUUUUUGUUUUUUAAUAUAUUUUAUUAAUUUUUUACAGAGAGGAAGGGAGAGAGAUAGAGAGCUAGAAACAUCGAUG